AUGCCUGAGGGGAGGAGGAAGCCCCAGGUGCAGUGGCUGCUCUGUGGCCAGCUGCCUGCUGCCCCUACCAGCCCCCUGCAUUGGUGUGGCCAGGGUCUUGCAUCGCUCCCAGGCAAAGCCCCUCGAUCCCUCCAGGACCAUCCCCCUUACCGGGUUUUGUGCCUCCUCAGCUGGUGGCUGUUCCCGUGUCCCCCAAACGCUCUGAUGCAGGCGGCGCGUGCUGCGCUCCUGGCGGGCAGUCCCCUCGGUGCUUCCUGUGCUCUGCCUGCGCGCGUUCUGCCCCACUGCCCCUCUGCGAGGGGGAGGGCGGACAGACGGACACCUCCUGUGGCCCAGCCUCUGCCCCUCAUCCCACACACCGAAAAGGGGAAGUCGCUGAGAGAAGGAAGUCUGCCCCAUGCAUUUGCUUCGGCUGUAGCAGUCACAUUUCCUCUGCUGCUGGUAGCCCAAGUCCUCGAUCCUUGUGCUGGUUGCCAGGGCGGCGCUGGGCUCAUGGAGAGACCCGUGAAGGAUGGGAUCCUCUAUGUGCAGCACUGCAGAUUUGGAAAGAGGUCCUGGAGGAAGAUGCGAGCCCAGCUCUUCGCUGCCAGCCCCUCCGGUGUGGCCCGCAUGGAGAACUUCGAUGUGCGGGAUGAUGGCACGGCACUGGAGAAGACCUCCCUGCGGCGGUGUGCCCGCCGGGUGAUCCGCCUCUCGGACUGCGUCUCUGUCGGCCCAGCAGGCACCGAGAGCUGCCCCAAAGCCACCGCCGCCUUCUACCUCACCACUACGGAAAAGAGCUACUUGCUGGCAUCCGAGCAGCGGGAUGAGUGGAUCACCCAGCUCUGCCAGUUGGCCUUCCAGGGUGCAAAGGAGACGACGCAGAGCAGCAGCGGGACCCAGGCCAGCCCCGCUGUCCCCAUGGAGGAGAACUCCCUCUACUCCUCCUGGCAGGACCUGACCGAAUUCCCGGUGCUGGUGGUCCGGACGGAUGCAGCCACCCGCUGUGGUCUGCACGGGCACUACCUGCUCUCAGCCCUUCCCCAGAGCCUGACACUGAAGGACCCGCAGUCCCGGCAGCCCCUGCUCACCUGGCCCUACCCCUUCCUCCGCAAGUUUGGCCAGGAUCAGACUGUCUUCUCCUUCGAGGCCGGCCGCCGCAGCGACUCUGGCGAGGGCACCUUCACCUUCAGCACCCCGCGGGCACCAGAGCUCUGCCGGGCUGUGUCUGCCGCCAUCGCCUGCCAGCAGCAGGGCAAGGAUGCCCCCGAUCCCCGGCUCUUCUGUGCCCCAGACCCCCAGCCCCCUGCACAGGGCCUCAAGCCCCAGCCCUGGGGCCCCGGGGCCGAGGAGCCCCAGCCCAGCCCCCCCCCGGGGGGGGUACAGCCUCCCUCCCACCCCCCCCCCACCCUCCUUCACUUCCCCCCACCCGAGACAGAGGCCACAGGCCCUAUCGUUUAUGCCUCCAUUGCCCGGGGCCAGCAGCCCCUCUUUGGGCCGGGGCCACCAGGUCCUGGUGAGCCCUGGGCUGCAGGGAAGCCACCCCCUGAGCAUCUCUACGAGAACAUCUUCACCACAGAGGCGGGUCCUGCGGGGGCAGAGGAGGAAGAGGAGGAGGAAGAAGGGCAGUGGGAGCUGGAGUGCCGGCAGGCACCCGAGGGCCACAGCAGCGAGGCGGGCCCCCUCUAUGACAACCGGGCUGCCCUGGCCCAGCUGCCGCGGGGCAGCCCCCAGCCCCCCGAGCAGCGCUGGGGCCGCGGGGGGCAGGAGGUGCCACCAGCGUGCCCUGGGCACAAGCCCCAGAGCAACCUCCGGGCCAAGCUGGUGCGGCUGCUUAGCAGGGAGACCCCCGGCCGGCGGGACUGGGCCUGAGCCCGGCUCGGAUGCCAUUCGAUGGUGCGGUGAAUAAACAGCUUGGACCGGA